AUGCCUGCUCAUCAAAAAGCUGAGGUUGAUGCAUAUACUGCAAACGCCUGCAAACGAAACACACAAUGCUCGGCUCACCCUUCCCCCAGCCGCCAGUUCUUCUCGAUUCCGAAGCGCCCGUGCGACUCCGCGCUUUUUCACUACAGCGUCACGGGCAGCGACCGCAAGCAACCGCGGGUUGAGCCGCGCUCCGCCGGUACCACGCGGGCGCCCCCCAGCCUAGCAUGGGCUCCGCACGCCCGGCGCCGCACAAAGGCCGCCCCUGGGCCCGGCGGAAGCGGCGGAGCCGUGAGGAGCUCCGCCCCGCCCAACUGCCCGCUUCGGCCAGAGCCGAGCGCUGCUCCUGGCGGCCCUGGGCCUUCCGCCCGCCACGCUCCGCUCAGCGCGGAGUUCCGGGCGGAGCUCUUGCUGGCCCGACUCCCGUCCUCUUCCCCUCCCCGCAGGUUCCGCAUGCUGCUGCUCUGCCGGCCCCUCCGUCUCAUCCGCGCUGCGGGCCGCCCGCCCUCCCGCUCCAUCAUGAACCUCAGCGAGCUCGUUCCCGCCCUGAAUGACUUCGCUUCCCUCUCCCUGGCUGAGAGCUGGGACAACGUGGGGCUGCUGGUGGAACCCAGCCCUCCCCACGCCGUGCGCACCCUGCUCCUCACCAACGACCUCACCGAGCAGGUGAUGGAGGAGGCCGUGCAGAAGAACGCAGACCUCAUUCUCUCCUAUCACCCUCCCAUCUUCGCUCCGCUCAAGCGGGUUACGUGGAGGACCUGGAAGGAGCGGCUGGUGGUCCGCGCUCUGGAGCACAGGAUCGGGAUCUACUCACCACACACAGCGUACGAUGCCGUACCGCACGGAGUCAACAACUGGCUGUCCAAAGGACUCGGUGCCUGUACUUCUGUUCCACUGCACCCAUCAACCGCUCCAAGCUAUCCGACUGAGGGCACUCACCGGGUGGAGUUCUGUGCAGACACUGUGGAGCAUCUAGAGACAGUGCUGUCCAAAAUCAAAGACAUCCCAGAGAUCUUCUGUCUCACCACUCUCCCUGUCAGGGUUGAUGGGGAGGAGCAAACACGAGUCAGUCUGAACUGCUCUCAGAAAGCACUGCUGGAAGUGGUGGCGUUAUUGUCCCAGAACAGCCUUCUUUAUCGCAGGACUGAGAUUCUCUUAUUACAGAAGCCUCUUCUUCCGCAUAGUGGAAUGGGACGUCUCUGCACACUGAGUGAGCCAGCCUCCUUGUCAGACAUAACUGAGCGCAUCAAAAGCCACCUAAAAUUACCCCACGUCCGCCUCGCCGUGGGGGCAGGCAAGACACUUGAUUCUCCAGUGAAGAAAGCUGCUCUGUGUGCUGGUUCUGGGAGCAGUGUCCUGAAGGGAAUGGAAGCUGACCUCUAUCUCACAGGAGAGAUGUCCCACCAUGACGUUCUGGAUGCAGUUGCCAAUGGUAUAAGUGUUAUUCUGUGUGAACACAGUAACACUGAGCGAGGCUUCUUGUCAGAGCUGCGUGACAUGCUAACGAUCCACCUACAGAACAAAAUCAACAUCAUUCUGUCUGAGAAGGACAGAGAUCCCCUCCAGGUGGUUUAAGAGAGAGGAGAGGGAAAAAAAAAUGAAGUGAGAGAGCAGAGUCAAGAGUUCAAUAGUAUCCCACACAGAGCUAUCCACAUGCAAGCUGAAUGAAGAUGCUCUGAAUUGGUCAGUAUAGCAUUGCAUUCUGUGUUCACCCGAUGGUUGGACUAUAAAUAGUCAUCUAUCAGAUACAUAAUAAAUGCUUGUUUCAGGCUACUGAAAGAUGAUUUACUCAAUAAAUGGGCUCUUACUUGAAUAAAUUUACUGUUACAAUAUA